CAACACCCCAUGCAAACAAUCUCCCCCCAUUGCUGCUAAAACAGAACCAAACCCCAACAGGAUGAAGCGCGACUACCUCCCCAUCGAGACCCUGUCCGCCUGGACAAGGCUCAACGGGAUCGCGGUCGAGGGCGUCGCGUUCCGGAAGCUGCGGGCGGACGAUGGAACAGACAAGGGGUCUGCGAUCGUGGCGACGGGGAGCCAGAAUGGUGGUGGGAAUGGUGAAAGGCCAGAGUCUGAGGAGAGUGGGGUCGUGGCUCCAGGGGUCACGGUGCUUUUGCGGGUGCCUUCCGAUUUGGUCCUCUCGCUGGGCUUCGUUGAGGACUAUGCCAAGUCGGAUAGGCAGCUUCGGGAGGUAUUGGAGGCUGUGGGGGGGGUUGGACGAACAGCCCGAGGCGCGAUACUGAUCUUCCUCCUGGUGCAACUUACGCAUUCGAGCCCGGACUACGCGCACGAGCGCCACGCAAUCGGGCUGUCGAGUCCGUGGACCGAGUAUGUGAAAUACAUGCCGGCUUUCGUGCUAUUGCCUACCUUCUACACCGACGAGGAGCAGGAGCUGUUACGGGGAACGUCGUUGAGGCUGGCCGUGCAUGCGAAAAUCGCGUCCCUGGAGAAGGAAUUCGAGCAUCUGCGCCGGUCCACGGAAGGUCACGCCUGGUGUGAGAAGUACUGGUGGAGUGAGGAUACGGGGAAGCUUACGUUUGACGAUUGGAAGCAUGUCGAUGCGUUGUAUCGGUCGCGGAUGGUGGACCUGCCGCGGCAUGGACAUGCCAUGGUCCCGUGCAUUGAUAUGGCGAACCAUGCGGCGGAGGGCACGGUGAAGGCUUUAUAUAAUGAGGAUGAGGAUGGGAAUGCGGUGCUCCAGAUGCGGGAUGGGAAGAGCUUGCGCGAGGGUGAGGAGGUCACGAUUUCGUACGGCGACGAUAAACCUGCUUCGGAGAUGAUCUUUUCUUAUGGGUUCCUUGAUGGAGAGAAAGCGACGGCGAACCAGAUCUUCCUAGAUUUGGAUAUCCCGGACGACGAUCCGUUGAAGAUUGCGAAGAAGGCAUUCUGCAAGGAUGCACCCGGGGUGAAAUUAUCCAGCACCGCCAUAGACUCGGAGACAGGCGCCACUACGAGUUGGGAUAGUCCGAUCAUCUGGUGGGCAUGUGUAAACGAGGAGGAUGGGCUUGACUUCAAUGUGCUCCAGACAACUGACGGGGGGCGGGAGCUCCGAGCUACCUGGAAAGGAGACGAUGUGAAAGAUCCGGGUUGCCUCAGAGAACUCCUAGCCGCAGAUCCUCAGUGGGACAUUUACCAGCUCAGGGCUGUGGUGCUCAUCCUCGAGCGACUGGAGACGCAGUUCUUUGUGCUGCGACAGACCGACCCGAUGGUUCUGGAGAUCCACGAGAACGAGGACAUGCGUGCCAUCUUCAGAACGGAGGUGUUCGACACCGUCCUGAAGCUGCGGGAUCUGGAGUCCAGCCUGCUGGAGAAAGGCAUCGAGGACCUCGUGAGAGAGCGAGAGAAUCUAAUGGCCAGCCCGGCGGUCAGCCGCUAUCUUACUCAGCAGUCCGGUGAUGUCGAGGAGGAGGACGAUUUCUCGUAACUGCCACAAAUCCGGGGCUCAUGCGACCUAAGUACGGGGUCAUCCAGGCCAGAAGGAGGCAAUAGUGUAUUGAAAUUACCCCGAGCGUAACAGGCUAGUUGUUUCGAGAGGACGCAUGAUCCAUCACCAAGGCUCAAGCCAAGGGCGCCAAAACGUGGAGGCCGAUCUGAGUUUGCGACUUACCCACCGCGGGGUAGUGAUCCUUCAAUCAGAUCCGGGCUGCGACUACCCCGGUUGGGGGAUGUCCCGUAAAC